GUGUAGCAGCAACAUCGUUCUGAAUAAAUUAAAAAGCAGUAUGCAUUUAUUGAGAAUCGAAUAAAGGGUUAGCCAUGAGUCACACAAUAAAACAACUUGUUAUUUUCAAAGCGUUCAAUUGUUGCUGCUCAUCGUUCAAUCAAUAAGAAGAAAAAAGGAAAAAAACAACAACAACGUGACACUCUUCAGAAACAUGUGCCAGCAACCAAUGCACAUCGAGCCUGUUAUAAAUGAAGGAUGACGUCCAUAUUUUGGCCAAUGAGCGGAGGGACAGGAACAGCCCUAUGAAACAUUUCGUUGCGUUGACCCAAACAUGAUCGCGCCCGCUGCUGCCAUCCACUGACAGCCGGCGAAGUUUUUCCGACUUGACCGAAGUGUGCUUGUUUUGGAUUUUAUUAUUCCGUUUAACGGUAUCAGUUGAUUGAUAACGCUCCUUUCUGCCUUUGUACUAUGAUGAUGGUCUGAUGAAUAAUCAUGGUGGUGAAUUCAGUACAUUGGUUUCGCAAAGGGCUGCGUUUGCACGAUAAUCCUUCAUUGCAGGAGGCCCUUAAUGGAGCGGACACUGUUUGUUGUGUUUAUAUUCUGGAUCCGUGGUUUGCUGGCUCCGCUAACGUAGGAGUCAACCGAUGGAGGUUUCUAUUGGAGUCUUUGGAGGACUUGAACAACAGCCUGAGGAAACUAAACUCCAGGUUGUUUGUGGUUAGAGGACAGCCCACGGAUGUUCUCCCAAGGCUUUUCAAGGAGUGGAAUGUCACCCGGCUGACGUUUGAAUAUGACCCAGAGCCUUAUGGGAAAGAGAGAGACGGGGCCAUCAUCAAGGUGGCGCAUGAGAUGGGCGUCGAGACCAUCGUCAGAAACCUGCACACCCUCUACAACCUCGACAGGAUUAUAGAGAUGAACAACAACAGUGCUCCACUGACCUUCAAGCGUUUCCAGACCAUCGUGAACAGGCUGGAUCUGCCCCGACGGCCUCUGCCUACCGUCACCCCGCAGCAAAUGGAGAGGUGUAAAACACUCAUAGCUAAAGACCACGAUCAACAUUACAGUGUACCCUCACUGGAAGAGCUGGGCUUCAAAACGGAAGGUCUACCUCCCGCGGUCUGGAGAGGUGGGGAGUCUGAGGCACUGGAGAGACUCAACAAACACCUGGACAGAAAGGCAUGGGUGGCAAACUUCGAGCACCCUCGGGGGGUCUGCUCUUUAUUCGCCAGUCCGGCGGGCCUCAGUCCCUUCCUGCGCUUCGGUUGUUUGUCCUGCCGCGUAUUUUACUACAACCUGAGAGAACUAUACAUGAAGCUGCGUAAGCGUUGCAGUCCUCCGCUGUCCCUGUUCGGACAGCUACUGUGGAGGGAGUUCUUCUACACGGCGGCCACCAUCAACCCAAACUUUGACCGCAUGGAAGGAAACCCCAUCUGUGUCCAGAUACCUUGGGACCAGAACCCAGAAGCGCUGGCUAAAUGGGCCGAAGGGCGGACGGGCUUCCCCUGGAUCGACGCCAUCAUGACCCAGCUACGGCAGGAGGGCUGGAUCCAUCACCUGGCCCGGCACGCCGUGGCCUGCUUCCUCACCCGGGGAGACCUGUGGAUCAGCUGGGAGAGCGGCAUGAAGGUGUUUGAGGAGUUGCUACUCGAUGCUGACUGGAGCGUGAACGCUGGCAGCUGGAUGUGGCUCUCAUGCAGUGCCUUCUUCCAGCAGUUCUUCCACUGCUACUGUCCUGUUGGCUUUGGGCGGCGGACAGAUCCAUCAGGAGAUUAUAUCAGGCAUUACAUCCCAAUCCUGAAGGACUACCCAAACCGCUACAUCUACGAGCCCUGGAACGCCCCCUUAUCCGUCCAGAAGGCCGCCCACUGCGUGGUGGGCGUGGACUACCCCAAACCCAUGAUCAACCACGCCGAGGCCAGCCGGCUGAACAUAGAGAGGAUGAAGCAGGUCUACCAGCAACUGUCCCAUUACAGAGGCCUCAGUCUCCUUGCAUCGGUGCCAACCAUCCAGGAGGAGGCGGAGCCACCGAUGACGGACGAGUCCCAGACCAGCAGCGGUCCUGACUCUCCGGUCCAUGAGCCAGCGGCCUGCCCACUGGUCCCAGACUCCUCCAGAGCAUGCAUGUCCUCUCCUGCCCCAGGCCUCAACGUCUCUGCAGCACACACUCCCUCCACAUCCACACGGGAGCAGGCAGGCGUGGGCGCUGCAGCACCCCCUCAGGCCUACGCCUCCACCUCUACGGACCCCUCCACAUUCCCCGUCUUGUCCUCCGCGGCGGCCAUCACCAAGUUAUCCAUAGAUGUACCUGCCGCGGUGUUUCUCCACCCUCCUCCUAUCCCCUUCCCCUCCUCAAACCCAGCCACCGGUCAAACCCCCGCCAGAGACCCAGCCUCCAGCCCCGCCUCCCCAAACCUCAGUCCCGCCUCAAAGCCGUUCAGAGCUCUGUCUCCGCGUCCGGUAACGCUAGCGGGCCACCACGCUCCGCUUCUGGGUCAGAGGAAGAAAGGCCCGCUCCGCAAGCACCGGCGCAGCCAGAGGGCCCGCGGGGUCCCGGGCUGCGUCCCGGGACCCCCGGUGGAAGGGGGGAAGGCCAUGGACGGAGCGGGGGGCGAGGGAGAGGAGUGUUGGAGGGAAGAGUGCAUGGACGAGGACAUGAUCCAGGACAGCCCAAAUGAUCAGCAGUGAUAGUUGGAGGUAAUUCCAAGGUGAGAUGCUGCAAUAUGAAAAAAAGCUAGGUCGAUUGCAGCUCCUGUUGUCCUUUUUAUAUAGAUUUGCACACAGAUAAUUGAAAUGAAUAUAAUACUGAGCAUUCAACAUCAUCAACAUUCUGAGGAAUGGGUAGCCGGUUUUGUUUGAUUGACAAUCGUGACAUUUUUUACUGUUCUUAACUUGGAAUUGUUUACUGUAAAUAGUUUGAAUGAAUAGCCAUUAUAAUGAUUAAUGGGUACGUUUCCAUAGCCAUACAAUUACAUCGUAUUCAUCUUAUUCGGGUUGAAUACUCAAAAAGUGCUUAUAUAAUGCCAGAAAUAGUAUUAAAUGGUAUAAUGUUAGGAAGGUUUGACUGAAAUAAGGAAGUGACAUUGUCCUAUCAUUGGCCAUAUUCUGUAUCACAAGCAAGCUUUUUGCUUCUCUUUAGUAUGGUAGAAUGGGAAACUAUAAGCACAGACUAUUAAUGCAGCUUAUCUUAAGACAGUAUUCAUGAUAAAGUAUAUUUACUAAGCAGACAAAAGUUAAUGCCGCAUGUUCAGAGCAAGUUCUUGGGUAACAGAAACCUAUUUUCUAUGGCUUAGUAUUUUGAAGUACUGUCAGUGGUGAUAAUCACCUUUUAUAAUGAUAACACGUUUUUCAAAUGUGUUUCUAAAUUAUUAUCAGGGAAAAUAAGGAAAGGUUUUCUGUUAUAUAACAAUUCUAUAAUCUGCCAAUACCAUUACUAAAUAUAUUUACAUUUCCACAGCCGUUUUCGUAAUGUGACUAAAAUAAAUAUUUGUCUUACCUUUUCAUCAAUUAUAUUUUCAAAUUUAUUUCUGACCUUGAUAGAUCAUAGUAUUAUUAUUAAAUGUAAAAAUGUAUUUGUAAUUAUGUAAACAGUUCUGUAGAAAAACUGUUAUACUAUGUCGUCUAUAAACACAAAAGAUAACAACACACACAUACACUGCAUUAAAUUCAACUGGAUAAUGGUGUUUCUUUUUAAAGACUACCUUGACCAAAGUUUGAUAGCCCAGUAUGUUCGAAGUCUUUUUCUUAUUCGGCAUUUGGUGUUAAACUGUAAGAAUUUCCGUUUAUCUUGAUUCUUACCCAUAUCCAUCUAUAUGAAAGCAGUUUUUGUUCGGUAUUCUUUGUAAUUAGACAUACAUGUUUUACAAAGGAAGUAUUUUUUGUUUACUGGCCUGAUCAAGUGUACGAAAAGAGUAUAUGUACACCAUAAUCGAUCGACCAACAUUUGACAAAAACCACGUUCAGCCUUGUCUACAUAAAUUAUUGUGGACGCAAAAGUAUAUUAUUAGGCACUUUAUUGGAGAAAGUAAGAAAGUUAUUGUUUCAUUGCUCGAAAGUAGUUUGUGGUACAAAUACCACCUACCUGUGAAAACAUCCCUUGUCUCAUCAGUUGCUUGUGUACAUGAAUUAUUCUGACUUACAUUGUGUAUUUUGUUAAGCCAUCUGGAUAAGACUAUAUGUUCGAUUUGUGUUGUUUUGCGUUGUACUUUUUCAUUACAAUUGUGGUGUAGUAGGUUUGGUGGGUGCUCUUUUUUUGUUUUUUGUUCUUAUGUUUUCAGUAGUUCUGCAUAUUUUAAACAGAAUUUAAAAAAUAUAAAUAUUUAUUGUGCAUAAUAUUUGUUCAAUAAAAUGUUAUGAAUACUGAACCAGCCAAUAUAAAA